ACUAUGCGGAGACAAUCUAAAAUUCCGUAGUUUAGAUUUACCCAAACAAAAAUGGCAGAUGUUAUAGACGUGGAAGAUGAAAAUAUUUUAACUGGUAUCUUUAAAGAUUCCUUUCCAGUUCAUUUAUAAGAAGCAGCAUGGGAGAGGCAACUGGUGAUUUAGAUUUACAGUCUGAUGAGUUUAAAGAAUUUUCAAAUUCUGAAGAUGUGAAGCCACUUCUAUCUACAGUAUUUUCAUCUUCUUCUGAUAUAAAAACAGAAUUAUCAUUUUUAACUUUCCGUGAUAUCAAACCAAACAUGACAUUUAUAAAUUUUCAGGAUGAUAAAACCGUUGUUACGCCAGAUUUUUCAUCUUCUACAGACACAAAGUCAGAAUGUACAACAUUUUCCUCUUUUGAUGAUGUAAAACACCAUAUGACAUUUCUAACUUCUCAAGAUAAAACAACAGGAUUUUUAAUUUUUAAAGAUAUGGAACCUGCUGUAUCAGCAGUAUGUACAAGAUCUGAAAUUAUAAAACCAGAAUUAGAAACUUUAUCAACUUGUGAAGAUAUAAAACCAGAAUUAGAAACUUUAUCAACCAACACAGAAUUAGAAAUUUUAUCAACUCCUGAAGAUAUAAAUCCAGAAUUAGAAAAUAUAUCAACUAGUGAAGAUCUAAAACGUGAAUUAGAAACUUUAUCAACUAGCGAAGAUAUAAUCCCAGAAUUAGAAACUUUAUCAACCAACAAAGAUUUAAAACCAGAUUUAUGGACAAAAUUUUUAGAUUCUGAGGACAAACAACAAAAUGGACUUGAAGAAAAGCUAAAACUCUCUGAAGAUGAAACAUAUCUGUCUGUUGAUCCUCAUGAUCAUCAUGAACAGUUUUUUCAAAGAUCUAACUUGAAUAAACAAGCUCAAGUAGGGGAGAGGCCACUUAAAUGUGAUGCUUGCAAAAAAACAUUUUCAGAUAGUUCUAGGUUAAGUAAACAUAAAAAAAUUCAUUCUGGAGAUAAGCCAUAUGAAUGUGAUGUUUGUCAUAAAAAGUUAUCUAAUAGUUCUGCUCUAAGCAACCACAAAAAAAUACAUUUACUAGUUAGACAUUAUGAAUGUGAUGUUUGUCACAAAAGGUUUUCAAGGAAUUCUCAUUUAGCGGAACACAAAAAAGUUCAUUCAGGAGAUAAGCCUCAUGAAUGUGAUGUUUGUCAUAAAAAGUUUUCUCAGAGUUCUAGUUUAAAUACACACAAAAGAGUUCAUUCAGGAGAUAAACCAUUUGAAUGUGAUGUUUGUCAUAAAAAGUUUUCUCAGAGUUCUAGUUUAUAUACACACAAACGUGUUCAUUCAGAAGAAAAACCAUUUGAAUGUGAUGUUUGUCAAAAAAAGUUUUCAUAUAGUUCUAGUUUAUGUACACACAAAAAAGUUCAUUCAGAAGAUAAACCAUUUGAAUGUGAUGUUUGUCAUAAAAAGUUUUCAUUUAGUUCUCAUUUAUAUACACACAAAAGAGUUCAUUCAGGAGAUAAACCAUUUGAAUGUGAUGUUUGUCAAAAAAAGUUUUCUCAGAGUUCUAGUUUAUAUGCACACAAAAAAGUUCAUUCAGAAGAUAAACCAUUUGAAUGUGAUGUUUGUCAUAAAAAGUUUUCAUCUAGUUCUUAUUUAAGGAAACAUAGAAAAGUUCAUUCAGAAGAUAAACCAUUUGAAUGUGAUGUUUGUCAUAAAAAGUUUUCUCAGAGUUCUAAUUUAUAUACACACAAAAGAGUUCAUUCAGGAGAUAAACCAUUUGAAUGUGAUGUUUGUCAAAAAAAGUUUUCUCAGAGUUCUAGUUUAUAUGCACACAAAAAAGUUCAUUCAGAAGAUAAACCAUUUGAAUGUGAUGUUUGUCAUAAAAAGUUUUCAUUUAGUUCUAAUUUAUAUACACACAAAAGAGUUCAUUCAGGAGAUAAACCAUUUGAAUGUGAUGUUUGUCAAAAAAAGUUUUCUCAGAGUUCUAGUUUAUAUGCACACAAAAAAGUUCAUUCAGAAGAUAAACCAUUUGAAUGUGAUGUUUGUCAUAAAAAGUUUUCAUCUAGUUCUUAUUUAAGGAAACAUAGAAAAGCUCAUACUGGAGAUAAACCACGUGAAUGUGGUGAUUGCCCGAAAUAUUUUUCUGAAAUAAAGACUCCCGACAUAUUGGCUGCCGAUAUAAGGGCUCAAGAUAAGGGCUCCUGACAUGUUGGCUCCCGGCAAUUGGGCUCCCAAAAUAUUGGCUUUGAUUAAAUGACUCUCGACAUAUUGGCUCCAGACCAAUGAAUUGCAUGACCACUAUUGGCAUAAAAGUAACAAUUUUAUCUUACCUCUAAUACCACUAUAAACUCUUUUAAAUGCCCGAAUGAACCAACAAAGCGAGCCCUUAACAGCUAAAUUUCACCAAUUCUAAAGUUUUGAUAAUGUUAAAUUUACAACAGAAAAGAUCUGUUGCUUAAAAGUGAGCACAGAAGUGUAAAUGUAUGAUAUACAUGAUGUUUACAUGAUAACAGCAUUUGGUUUUGAUAACCUACAAGCAUACUGGAGGUAGGAGGAAGGUACAGCGUGGAUCCUUCUCCCCACACACUGAGUUGGAACAGCCUAUAACCGACUCAAUUAUGGAUGUCAUAGAUAGAUGACCCUUAAAUUAAAACAUACUAUAUUUUAUAAUAGAUAAACUAAUAUAAAAAUAGGGCCUGCCGAACAAGAGAUGCAUACUUUGUAAUGUAUUACAUAAAAGUGUUGAAUAAGCUAACUCUAAAGAAUAUUGAUGAAGGGGUCCCACUGGCAGGUGUCAUAUUCAAUGAGACCGCUUUGCCGGGAGACUUAGUCUCUACAGAAAUGGUAUUGUCAGUGGUCCUUUUGUCUGGAGCCAAAUUGACAGGAGCCACAUGAAUGUGAUCCUUGUCACAAAAGGUUUUCAAGGAAUUAUGAUUUAACGAAACACAAUAAAGCAGUUCAUUCAGGAGAUAAAUCAUUUGAAUGUCAUGUUUGUCAAAAAAAGUUUUCUCAGAGUUCUAAUUUAUAUGCACACAAACAAGUUCAUUCAGAAGAUAAACCAUUUGAAUGUGAUGUUUGUCAUAAAAAGUUUUCAUAUAGUUCUAGUUUAAGGAAGCAUAAAAAAGUUCAUUCUGGAGAUAAGCCACAUGAAUGUGAUGAUUACCAUAAAUAUUUUUCUAAAAUUUUUGCUCUAAGCAGCCACUAGUAACACAUGAAUGUUAUCUUUGUCACAAAAUGUUUUCUGGCAAUUCUGAUUUAAGGAAACGCAAAAGAGUUUAUUCAGGAGAUAAACAAUUUGAAUGUGAUGUUUUACAGUUCUACUGUAAGCAAACAUAAAAUUGUUCAUUCUUGUGUUAAGCUAUAUAAAUGUGAUGUUUAUCAUAAAGAGUUUCCACACAGUUCUACUCUAAGCAAACACAAAAGAGUUCAAAAUAAUCAUUUAGUAGUUAAGCCUUAUGAAUGUGAUGUUUGUCGUAAAAAGAUUUCUCUGAGUUCUAAUUUAAAUAGAAACAGAUGAUUUCAUUUAGGAGAAAAUCCAUAUGAAUGUGAUGUUUGUCAUAAAUGGUUUUCUCAGAGUUCUUACUUAAAUAAACACAAAAGAGUUCAUUCAGGAGAUAUCCAAAUGAAUGUGAUGUUUGACACAAAAAGUUUUCAGACAGUUCUUCUCUAAGCAAACCAAAAAAUAUUCUUUUAUUAGUUAAGUGUUAUGGAUGCGAUGUUUGUCAUAAAAGGAUUUUAAACAGUGCUAAUUUAAAUAAACAUAGAAAAGCUCAUUCAGGUGUUGAGCCAUGUGAAAGUGAUGUUAUAGUAGGCACAAAGAAAUUCAUAUAUGAGAUUUUAUAUGAUAUUUGUCAUGAAAACUUUAACCAGAAUGGUGGUUAAUAAUAAUAAUUAUUAAAUAAUAAUAUGUUACAUUACUUAAAUUGUUGAAGCAUCAAUAGAAUAGAAUUUCUUAUCUUUAACUCAUUCACAAUCUGUAUAUGUUAAUAAUAGGAUAAUGUUUAACAUCUACUUCUAGGUCACUUAUAUAUAUUUAUGUAUAUUUGUAAAAAUUGCAAAAGGUUCAUUGCAUAAAUUUUAAUGUAAUUUACAGGUAACAGAAAACUGUUCUUAAUAAAUUAUAAUAGUAAAUUACCCAUUUUUCACCAUCUUUGCUGCUAAACAUUUAUAGUUGAUCUUUUUCUUUGGUCUCAUCAAGGUCAAGUGGGAUCAUUUACUAACACAACUAUCAGUUUCUAAUGCUUGAAACAAUAACACCACAUACAAGUUAAGCAUUAAAAAGCAAGAACAAUAAACCUGCAAAGGUUAUGUUUUGACAUUUUGGUAUCAUAUUUUUAGCAAAAUUGUUGUUUUGAUGUGUUUAAUUUUGUAUUCUUUAUUUUUAUAAACACUUUGAUGAAAAUGUUACUGUAGUAAACUGGUAUAAGAUUGUAACAUGAAAUUAAAAUUGCU